AUGGGUGUGAUCCCCAUGAUCACGCAGAGAUCCGUUCUGUACGGCUGGAUGAUGAAGAGGCGGCCUGUGUCCAGCGGGAGGCUCCAGUCUGGCUCCGGUCAGAGCAGUGGGCAGCAGCUGUCAGCCAUGGGCUCAGAGGUCAGGGCUCUGGACCACUGGAUGGGAACCAGGCUGGGGGCUUGGCCUGGGAGGUGUUACAGCUACAUUAUGGACCUGUGUCCAGCCAUCCACCACCCGGGUCAUGAUGACAAAACUGGAGGCUCGUCCGUUCCUUUGGUCUCUUUUGCUAUGGCGUUUGGGGAUGAGGUGCUGGAAGGCCGCUCUGGGAAAGGAGUCACUUUGGACCUCCGGAACCUGAAAUGGUGUAAUCCAGGCCAGGCUGGAGUCCCCCAUGUAGGUGCUGCCGCCUUCCUCUGGAGCACUGCUGUCCGUGGUGCUGAUGAGGGAGCGUCGAUGCUGUCCGUGGUGCUGAUGAGGGAGCGUCGCUGCUGUCCGUGGCGGAUGGCUUCCUCACAGGAAAUUGAAACGGCAGAGGAGAUCCUUCUGUCGAGCCGCGCUCUCUGCAUGUGGGGGGGGGCAGUCUUUGGGAUGCCAGGCUUAACUCCACGUAAGCAGCUGCUGGGACGGGGACCGGGUUUCUGCUUCCAUCACCAUCAGCGGGCUCCAUGUCCCCAAUCAGGAGAUGCAGUCCGGGGGCCAGGGAGAGAGAGCCCCCCUCCAGGUCUGGACAUGACAGUGAUGAAGGCUGUCCAGGUGGAGAGGACCUCCCCCCCAAUGGAUGAGGGGAGGGAGCUGCUGUUCCAGAGGAGUGAUGGUGAACAUGCAGGUCUGUGCUUCAGGCUGUUCUACGUGAGUCCGGACCGGAGCUCCGGGCCGGUGGGGGGGGCAGCGGGUCGGGACCAUGCUGCCCAUGCUGCCCCGUCUGACGCCACGCUGCAUGGGAAGCUGCUCGUCUACAGCCACCCCCCGAAGGCCGCCAUCCACCAGGGAGUCAACCUGAUAGGAGAGGGGGGGUCCAUGGCCCUGCCGUCUGGUUCUAGCCUGGUACUGUCCCAGUUCUGUCUCGGUCUGUGCUUCAGGCUGUUCUACGUGAGUCCGGACUGGAGCUCCGGGCCGGUGGGGGGGCGGCGGGUCGGGACCAUGCUGCCCAUGCUGUACCCGGGAAUCACCUCCCACCUGCAGAUGAGCCACAAGAGAGACCCCACAGGCUACUUCUGA